AUGGCUCAAUCCCCCGAAGUUGGUCUGCUCCGGCGACCGUCGUCCCUCGACUCGGCCCCUAUUCAGCCGCGUGUGCACCCAAAUCUCGACGCGCUCCUCGAGCAAAAGCCGCACCCAAACCACCACCACGAGAAUCUGCAUCCGCACUCGCACCCACACUCACGGCAAGAGCCUCUUAACCAGCAGCCGGCACGGCAGGAUUUGCACCAGCACGAGCAUCAGCCCCGAUACCAGCUCCCCCCGUAUUCGUACCAGCAUCAACACGAGCAACACCCACAGUACCACCACCCUCCAGGGGCUUUGCACCCAGCUGACGCGCUAUCCAAGAACGACAACAACACCAGCGGUGGACGAAGCCCCGGCGGCGGCGACGACGUAACGAACGCGCAUAGAGUCGUGUCGGCCAACGGGAGCACCAACGACAACGCGUCAUCAGGAGCACGUCCCCCCUACGACGGCCGAGGGAACAAUACACAACACGGCGACACCAACGGCGCGCCGGCUCCAACUUUAGCCUCAGCUCCAGCCCCAGCUCCGACUCCAGCUCCGGGACACCCCGAGAUGUCUAGCUCACAGCCAGGGCCGGGCCCCGGCCGACAGUCGGUGGCAUAUGCAAGCCCGCAGCCCUACCCGCCGCCCGGCAUACCCCCCGUUUCGCAGUACAUGUACUCGGCUCAGCACAUUCCCGCCGACCCAUACCGAUCGAGUCCGACCACGCUGCCCAGUAUGCGCACUCUCGACCACCGACAACCUCAGGCACCACCGCAGCACGGGGUUCCCCUAGGACCGCACAUGGGUGGCCCAACAAUGCCGCCACCCACCCCUGCGCACCACAUGGGCUACUACGGCAUACACGCUCCACACAUGUACGGCCUGCCGGACCCCAAUGCGAUGCGCUUUGCGCUCGCCCCAGGCAUGGCUCACGACCCGCGUAUCUCGUUGAGCGGCGGGAGGCACAAAAAGGAGAUCAAGCGACGAACAAAAACCGGGUGUUUGACCUGCCGUAAACGAAGGAUCAAGUGCGACGAAGCUCAUCCGACCUGUAACAACUGCAAGAAGUCAAAGCGCGAGUGCCUCGGGUACGAUCCCAUCUUCAAGCAACAGCAAGGCCCUGCAGCCAUCCAGCCCGCUCCGAGCACACCGUCCGCCUCGUCCGUCGCGGCACACCAGCCAACUGCGGCGUCCAACCCCGCCCUCUCGUCUUCUGCUCCACCGCAUCCCUCCUACCCUGUGUCGUCGUAUGUACCGCCUCCCGUUCCGUCGACCAUCGCGCCCGAAUCGCCCGUGGCCAGUGCGUCGCAGACCAUCAAAACCGAACCCAGCUACGACUACUCGACCGCCAUCGACCCGGCAUUGCAGGCACCCGACGCCGCCAAUGCUCCCGGCCCUCGGUUGCCCCGGUAUCAUCCAGCUGGCACGUCCGUAAGCGCAGGUCAGGGCCCGCCUCAGGGUCAUGGCAUUGGCGACGCAAGCAAUUUGCGAGGCGGCACUCUCCCCUCCUCCAUCCUGUUAGCCUCUCCCCAACCCUUGUCGCGGGAGCGCACGUUCGCUCAUACAAGUUCUCCAGCAACGAAAGUAAAGGUCGAUGAACUCGCCGUUCCAAGCGACACGCCGUCCUCCAUCUUGCGGGAUAGUUGGCAAGGUCAUCAAACCGCCCAAGGAAGCGCACGCCCUGGACUAGAUCCAACUGCAAACGACGACCGCCGGUUCCAUGACGAUCACUCGCGAUAA